CCCCCUCCCACGUUGCGCAUUGCGACGGCUGGCUAGGCCUAUAUCUUGCGCUUCCAGUAUGUGGGAUUAAAGGCGCACACACUCGAUUCUACAUUGCUUCUCAGUCGGCACCAUGGACACGAUAGCAGUCGCCCCCAAGGCGUCGGCACUGGCGUCGCCCAAGAUUGUUAAGAAUGCGAAGGGUAACAUCGUGCCUAGCAGCCAGAUGGCGCAUAUCGAGUAUGGCUGUGAGCACAUGGGCGAAAUGUUCGAGAACGCGCGCAAGCAGACGCUCCAGCACUACCGGGCCAUCCUCCAGAACAUCCACGAGAAACCGAGUAUAAUAGCCCAGACGUAUAAUGCGACAACGGAUUCGAAACCCACCGUAUCACUCAAGCCAUUGUUCUUGUGCUUGCAGUGUCCCAACAUCAUGACCGAGGCCGACCGCGAUCUACACUUUGAGACCAAAUCGCACUGCUUCUCUGUUGAAUCGCGCGAUGGCAAUGUAUACUGCGGUAACUGCCAGGAUUUUAUAUACGACGAGGCGCUGGAGAUCCUGAGGCUACAGAAGGGCAAGAAGCGAAAAUACGAAGACACGACUACGACUGAGGACCAUAAACUCGUCAUCAGCAAUUCGACCUUUCUCCCCUGCCGAGCCAUAGGCCUGCGCGGUCUCUACAACAUGGGUCAGACAUGCUUCAUGAGCGUCAUUUUACAAACGCUUGUCCACAACCCUUUCAUACGCAAUUUCUACCUCUCUGAGGGGCAUAAGCAAACAGAUUGUGAGAAGGAGUCGUGCGUGAGCUGCGCACUCGACGAAAUGUUUGUCGAGUUCCAUUCGGCCGAGAAGACAGAAGGCUUUGGCGCUGUCAGCAUGCUUAUGGGAAGCUGGCUAGCGGGAGAGGCUCUUGCAGGUUACCAACAGCAAGAUGCCCACGAGUACAUGCAAUUUAUACUCAAUACCCUGCAUCUUGCGAACGGCGGAUCAACGGACGAUUCGGAGGACUGCAAAUGUAUUAUACAUCAGACAUUCUGUGGGAAGCUGUCAAGCACAGUAACAUGCGACAGCUGCCGAAAUGUUACCACAGCACAGGAUCCUUACAUGGACCUCAGUCUCGACGUACGGAUCCAAAGCAAGAAGCGAAAGAUGAACGCCGAAAGGGGCGAAGAAACGCCUUUGGAUCUCCGCGACUGUCUCGAGCGCUUUACCGCAAAAGAGAAACUCGGCUCAGCAGAAUACACAUGUAGGAAUUGUGACAGCCCACAGAAUGCCACCAAGCAACUCAGCAUCAAGCGAUUACCACCUGUGCUAUCCAUCCACCUCAAGCGCUUCGAGCACACCAAAUCCACAUCCUCCAAGAUUGAAACACCCGUUCGCUUCCCAGUCAAGCUAGAUAUCUAUCCUUACACCGCUGCCCACAAGGCCGCCCUGCGCGCGGCAAAGGCAUCCGGUAUCCCCGUGACAAAUUACAACAUCAACAGCCCUGCGAACGCUCUUGUGUACGAACUCAGCAGCGUCAUUGUGCACAAGGGCAAAAUGGAAUCUGGGCACUAUAUCAGCUACAGCCGCGAAGGAAGCGAUUGGUUCAUGUUUGACGAUAGCAAGGUCGUGCUGGUCAGUGAGGCAGAGGUUCUCGCUGCCGAGGCUUACUUGCUGUUCUACAUGGUUGGAGGACUUGAGGUCUGAGGGAUCCGUUGUUAUCUUUUAUUUCUGCUUUCGGUUUUCUUCUAUCUCUUUCUCGGGCCUUUUGUUGUCACGUGUUUUCUGUAUCGGGGGGUAUAGUACGCAUAUCUGGGCGUUUGAUGGGCCUGAACCAACCUGGCGUAUCGGGAGAAAUAGCGCCCUCAUCCUUCUUUUCUUUCUGUCGUGUUGUGACUUGUUGAAUCCAUUCUUGCUCACGAAAAUCUUCUUUGCGUGUUGUCCGUUAUCUGCACUCUUCCACAUCUCCAUGUCCUACACAAACCACUGCAUCUUCAUAUGCUCCCACACUCCAUCCCACAACCAUUGCGCCAUCACGGCGCUCCCCCGUUUUAAGCAAAGCAUGUAAGCAAUAAAAAACCGGAUCCUCCCCUACCGCCUUGGGUACUUAGACACCGCAUGCGUGCAAACGACGAAUCCUUCUCGGUGUUUCUUACGGCCUUGGACUCGAUCGCAUGAUCAGUCGUCGGUGCCCCGGGC